UCUACUCAUAGUUUCUUCCUUCCAUUGCCAGUUCAUAGCCCAACAAUCUUGUCCAAUAAACUACAACUCAUUUCAAGUCGGUCUGCGCCUACCUCGAUUAAUUUUACAAAUAUAUGUCAAACAAACAACAACUCAUUUAUUUUAGAUCUCUUAUUGGUAUUUUCACAAGUAACUUUCCUCAAGUCUUUUCGAGCCGAUCCCAAUUAAUUUUGUGAAUAUAUAUCGAACAAUGACUCUUUUUGUUAGAUCUGUAGGUAUUAUUUUCACAAAUAAUUUCCCUCGAGUCUUUUUGAGCCAACUUAUACCGAUCUCAAUUAAUUUUAUGAAUAUAUACCAAACAACAACUCAUUUAUCGUAUAUCUCUCAGUGGUAUUUUUGCACAUACAACUCCCCUCAAAAUCUUUUCGAGCAAGUUUUUGCCUAUUUCAACUAAUUUCGUGAAUAUAUGCCUGCCAACCAACAACUCAUUUAUCUUAGAUCUCUCAUUGCUAUUUUCACACAAACCCCUCCCCCCCCAAACCCCCCCCCCCCCCCCCGGUUACCUGCUGACACUGACAGCCUUUCCAUUACCAAUCUUCUCUUUUUCUUUAUAAACUGUCACCAUUCUUGUACUACGACUAGUACUAUGAGAAUAAUACAACAUACCCACCUAUUAUUUUGACUCUUUUUAUCUAAAGUCUAGUCCUUUUUUGGAUCUGGGGUAAUCUUGAAUUCUUAAUUUUCUUGAUCAAAAUGGAUAUGGAAGGUGCUGCUGCUGCUGCUGAUGGAACUGUAAAAUUAGGAGCUUUACCAAUGAAACCUGAUCGAAUUUUCAAUAAUUUGGAACCUGAAUUCACUGUUUCUUCACCUGUUACUCGUCAAAAAGCUGCUGCUGCUAAACAAUUCAUUGAAAAUCACUACAAAAAUUAUCUACAAGGCUUGCAAGAUCGUAAAGAAAGGAGAUGGGCAUUGCAGAGGAGGGCUCAAGAAGCACAGGUACCUAGUGAAGAGCAAGAAAAGAUGCUUAGGAAUUUGGAGAAGAGGGAGACUGAAUAUAUGAGAUUGCAAAGACAUAAAGUUGGGAUUGAUGAUUUUGAACAGUUGACUGUUAUUGGUAAAGGUGCCUUUGGUGAGGUUAGGUUGUGUAGAUUCAAAAGCACUGGAGAAAUAUUUGCCAUGAAGAAGUUGAAGAAAUCAGACAUGCUUAGCCGUGGACAGGUUGAACAUGUCAGAUCUGAGAGGAACUUACUUGUGGAAGUUGACAGUCGGUGCAUAGUGAAGCUCUUCUAUUCUUUCCAAGACUCAGAUUUCUUGUAUCUUAUAAUGGAAUAUUUACCUGGUGGUGACAUUAUGACCUUACUGAUGAGAGAAGAUGUGCUUUCUGAAGAUGUCGCACGGUUCUACGUUGCUGAGAGUAUUUUGGCUAUUCAAUCUAUUCAUCAGCACAAUUAUGUACAUAGGGACAUAAAACCUGAUAACCUUAUAUUGGAUAGAAAUGGCCAUUUAAAGCUUUCAGAUUUUGGCUUAUGUAAACCCCUGGAAAAUAAAUACUCAUCAAUAUUAUUGGAAGACGAAGACCUUACAAAUGCGGAGUCCAUUAACGGGACAGAAGGGCAUUCUGCUGGUGAUAGAGCUUCAUGGCCAAUGCCAAAAGAACAAAUACAGCAGUGGAAACGCAACCGACGUGCCUUGGCAUAUUCUACUGUUGGAACUCUUGAUUACAUGGCACCGGAGGUUUUGUUGAAAAAAGGAUAUGGAAUUGAAUGUGAUUGGUGGUCAUUGGGUGCAAUCCUGUUUGAGAUGCUUGUUGGGUAUCCUCCCUUCUGUUCAGAGCAUCCUAGAAUGACGGCUCGCAAGAUAAUCAGUUGGAGAACAUGCUUGAAAUUCCCAGACGAACCAAAAUUAUCAGAUGAGGCUAAGGAUCUGAUUUGUCGUUUAUUGUGCGAUGUUGAAUCAAGAUUGGGGACCGGGGGAGUGGAAGAAAUAAAGGCUCAUCCUUGGUUCAAAGGAGUCAACUGGGACAUGCUUUAUGAAACGGAGGCUGCCUAUAAACCUAUUGUUACUGGAGAGUUAGAUACUCAAAAUUUUGAGAAGUUUCCUGAGGUAGAAGAUCCUUCUUCAACAACACCAAGAGUUGGACCCUGGCGAAAGAUGCUGACAUCAAAAGAUUCCAAUUUUAUUGGAUUUACUUUCAAGAAAUCAGAUAUCCUCAAAUCAGCUGAAACUUCAGGUAUAGAUAUGAGUUCAAAUGGACAUUCAAAGCCUCCCUCAUUAGUGUCCUUAUUCGGUCGAAUAGACUUACAAGAUACAAUAGAAGAGGAUCAGAAAGGCGAACAACAAAUUUUAUGACACACAUUCUGACAAGUAGCGGCAAAUUCCUUCUGUACAAAAAGAGAAUAACUUACUACUAUAAGCUUUGAGUUUUGCAUAAUUUUGACUUCAUCUGAUUUAUAUGCAAUACUAGUAGUAGUAUUUAUUGUUGUAAAUACACUAUCACAUAUACUCACAUUCCUUGAUUUCUAUCAGAUUAAAUUAACACCGAA